CCACGCUUGAAACUUGAAGGAAGGCGGUUAGAGUGAGUGGACAGUGGAAGCCAGCUGGAAAGUGUAUGCGGUGGUUUUAUUUUUCUGUUUUUAAACGUUGUGUUACUCUGCCUCUUUCCCUUCUGGCCGAAGAAAGACUGGCUUGAAGCAGAGGACGGGAAUAGCAGCUGUCUUCAAGCAACAAAAUCUGAGGAGGACAUUUAAUUGGCUUCUGUGUCAGUGAGACUUUUUGUGGCUGCUGUUUUGGAGAGCUGAAAGACCGGCACACUGUUUGAAGCACUGCAAUGAAUCACUUCAGGACUUGCGCUGCACGGCUUCGGCCGCUCACAGCCUCUAAGAAUGCUCAGAAUUUUUCAAAACAGAGACCAACAGCGGCUGGGGCACCCAGGACAUUUCAGCCCAUCAGGUGCUACACAGCACCUGUCACCACUGAACCUUUCCUUAAUGGGACAAGCUCCAACUAUGUGGAGGAAAUGUAUUAUGCAUGGCUGGAGAACCCCAAGAGUGUUCAUAAGUCUUGGGACAUUUUCUUCCGAAAUGCCAACGCAGGUGCUCCCCCGGGUGCUGCCUACCAGAGCCCGCCUCCUUUGGGGGUGAAUUUCUCAGGACUUUCUCAGGCCCAGGCAGUGGUUGGAGCUCAGCCCAGUGUGGAGAAACUAGUAGAGGACCACCUGGCAGUGCAGUCCCUCAUUCGAGCUUACCAGAUACGCGGGCACCACGUUGCCCAGCUGGAUCCCUUAGGAAUUAUGGACGCAGAUCUUGAUUUGUGCGUACCCAUGGAUAUCGUCACAUCUUCCAAUAAGCUUGGCUUCUAUGGAUUGAAUGAGGCAGAUCUGGACAAAGUGUUUAGACUCCCCACGACAACGUUUAUUGGGGGUACUGAGAGCUCCCUGCCACUCAGGGAGAUCAUCCGCCGCCUAGAGAUGGCAUACUGUCAGCACAUUGGAGUGGAGUUCAUGUUCAUCAAUGAUUUGGAACAGUGCCAGUGGAUCAGGCAGAAGUUUGAGAAGCCUGGCGUGAUGCAGUUCACUCUGGAGGAGAAAAGAACGCUACUGGCCCGCAUGGUCCGCUCUACCAGGUUUGAGGAGUUCCUGCAGAGGAAGUGGUCCUCAGAGAAGCGCUUUGGACUGGAGGGCUGUGAGUCACUCAUUCCAGCACUCAAAACCAUCAUUGACAAGUCCAGUGAGAGAGGCGUGGAGAGUGUUAUCCUCGGCAUGCCUCACAGGGGGCGAUUGAACGUGCUGGCCAACGUCAUCCGUAAAGAACUUGAGCAGAUCUUCUGUCAGUUUGACCCCAAACUGGAAGCUGCUGAUGAGGGUUCUGGAGAUGUGAAAUAUCAUCUGGGGAUGUAUCACAGGCGGAUCAACCGUGUGACUGAUCGCAACAUUACUCUCUCCCUAGUGGCCAACCCAUCUCAUCUGGAAGCAGUGGACCCAGUGGUGCAGGGCAAGACCAAGGCAGAGCAGUUCUACUGUGGCGACACAGAAGGCAACAGGGUGAUGUCUAUUCUUCUACAUGGAGAUGCAGCAUUUGCAGGUCAGGGCGUUGUGUAUGAGACCUUCCACCUGAGUGACCUGCCCUCCUACAGUACUCAUGGCACAGUGCACGUGGUCGUCAACAACCAGAUCGGCUUCACCACUGACCCACGGAUGGCCCGAUCCUCACACUAUCCUACUGAUGUAGCCCGAGUCGUCAAUGCCCCAAUUUUCCAUGUGAACGCAGAUGAUCCUGAGGCUGUGAUGUAUGUGUGCAAUGUUGCUGCUGAGUGGAGGGCGACCUUCCACAAAGAUGUAGUGGUAGACCUGGUAUGCUACCGGCGGAACGGCCACAACGAGAUGGACGAGCCCAUGUUCACACAGCCACUAAUGUACAAGCAGAUAAAAAAGCAGAAGCAUGUGUUGCAGAAAUAUGCAGAGAAGCUGAUAGCAGAAGGAGUCGUCACCAGGCUAGAGUACGAGGAAGAGAUUGCCAAAUAUGACAAGAUCUGUGAGGAGGCAUACACUCGCUCCAAAGAUGAGAAGAUCCUCAACAUCAAACACUGGCUUGACUCCCCAUGGCCUGGUUUCUUCACUCUGGAUGGCCAGCCUAAGAGCAUGAGCUGUCCCUCCACUGGCCUGAACGAAAAAGAGCUCCACCACAUCGGCAAAGUGGCCUCCUCUGUGCCUAUUGAGGACUUCACCAUUCAUGGAGGCCUGACCCGUAUUCUAAAGGGCAGAGCGGCUAUGGUUGAGAACAGGACAGUGGACUGGGCUCUGGGCGAGUACAUGGCCUUUGGUUCCCUGCUGAAAGAGGGCAUGCACGUGCGCCUCAGUGGUCAGGACGUGGAGAGAGGCACCUUCAGCCACCGCCACCAUGUACUGCAUGAUCAGAAUGUGGACAAGAGGACUUGCAUUCCUAUGAACUACAUCGACCCGAACCAGGCACCAUACACUGUGUGCAACAGCUCCCUGUCUGAGUAUGGAGUAUUAGGCUUUGAGCUGGGCUUUGCGAUGGCUAGCCCUAAUGCGCUGGUGCUUUGGGAGGCACAGUUCGGAGAUUUCCACAAUACCGCCCAGUGCAUCAUCGACCAGUUCAUCUGUGCUGGCCAGGCCAAGUGGGUGCGCCAGAACGGCAUCGUCCUGCUGCUCCCCCAUGGCAUGGAGGGAAUGGGUCCUGAGCACUCAUCAGCACGUCCAGAGCGCUUUCUGCAAAUGUGUAAGGAUGACCCAGACAUUUUCCCUAAAAUAACAGAUGACUUUGCAAUGCAGCAGCUAUAUGACUGUAACUGGAUUGUGGUGAACUGUUCCACUCCCGCCAACUACUUUCAUGUGCUAAGGAGGCAGAUCCUUCAGCCCUUUCGCAAGCCUCUUAUCAUCUUCACUCCUAAGUCACUGUUACGUCACCCAGAGGCCAAAUCCAGCUUUGAUGACAUGUUACCUGGCACGCACUUUAAGCGUUUGAUCCCAGAGGAGGGCACAGCAUCCCAGAAUCCAGCUGGAGUGAAACGCAUCAUCUUCUGCACAGGAAAGGUUUACUAUGACCUAACCAAAGAGCGCAAGAGCAAAGGAAUGGAGGAUACUGUGGCUAUUGCCCGCUUUGAACAGCUUUCUCCAUUCCCGUUUGACCUGGUGAAGGCAGAAAUUGAUAAAUACCCAGAGGCUGAGGUGAUUUGGUGCCAGGAGGAGCACAAGAACCAGGGCUACUAUGACUACAUCAAGCCACGCAUCUGCACCACUAUUGGCCGCGCUCAUCCUGUCCGUUACGCUGGGCGUGAGCCAGCUGCUGCCCCUGCCACUGGGAACAAGAAGGCCCAUCUCCUCGAGCUAGAGCGUUUCCUGGACAAGGCCUUCAACCUGGACGCCUUCCAAGACCAGCCAUAAAUGCCUCUCUUCUUCACUGCCCUUAACCCUACCCCACUGACUGUUGGCCAAGUGCCGUCCUUUCAUCCCUGCAUAUCCACUAAAUGCACUGACCAGAACACAGAGGGUCACUGGCAGGAUCAAAUUGUUGCCCAGCCAUGGCACUGGCACUGACUCUUUAUUGCCUCACACCUGGAGCAUUAGAGACAGUAAUAAUUGCUUUUCUUUUUGAGUUUAACAUAAGGCCUACUGCUAAGCCUUAUGUAAGUGCAAAAGUCAAAACUUUCAUUCAUCAAAGCACAACCUGUUGGCUGAGUUGAAAGUAUUUGGUAGCAUUCUGCAAAUACUUUGAGGGGCUGGAGACUGACUGCAUGCAUUACUUACUGCAGUCUUUUCUGCUGGUGAGUUCCAAAUAGGACAUGCAACACAGUUAAUGCUAUCAGCUAACCUUGUUUACUCUCCCUUUGUUCAUCUGACAGCACACCCUGUUCAGUUAUGCAUUCUCUACUUCAUGGUCUUUUUUUAAUCAUUGCUUAUAAAUCAAAAGUGCAACACCUAAAGAUUUACAAACCGCAUUGAACGCACAAUCUCGUUCUCUAGCCUGGAUAUCUUCCUGGAUUAAUGCACAGUGGACUGCCCAGAUUUUUUUGAGUUGGUUUAAAGAAAUGCACAGUGUUUUACCUGAUUGCAAAUGGAACAUUUUGUGCUUGCUUGUUUGAGCAGUUUUAAAUUAGCUUCACUGUUUUUGAAUGUAAACAAGGCCAGUUUGCCCAGCAGGUCCGUGGUGUGGAAAACUGAUCCUUGUGCAUACUUAGCAGUUCCAGCUUUUCAGAGUAGGAAAGGACAAGCAGGUCAACCAUCUCAUCUUCUGCCAUCCAUGUCCUUCUGAUUGCAUCAUUCUUCAGUGCCAAUAUGUAAAAAGGCAUUCAGGACACCACUCGAGCAAAGAUGGCAUAUAUUUUAUCCUCUUGUAAGUUAAUGUAUGAAAUGAAAUGGAUUUUUAUUUAUUUUCAUUCCAUAUUUUAUUGUAUGUUCAUUCCAACUAUUAUAAUCCUUCAUUUAAUAAAGGUGAACCUCUUUUA